GUAGUGUAGCGACAGUGUUUUAGGAUGCGCGCCCAGUCCUAUAGAACUCACCCUUGUACAGAAUGUAUAUGCGGCCUGGCGGCGGCAGUGACUGACCUACUGCAGUCAGUACAACUGGAGUACCAUGGUGAAGGCAACAAUGGCCCCCCAAAAAAGAGAGUCACAGAGUGCCUCAAUGAGCUAUUCUCUCUGGUACAAGGACUAGGUGGUACCUCCGUGGUCCGGACCUAUAUAGACCAGCUGGCACAGGUACUCAGUGCACUCGUUGGGUGGAGUAAGAUAGAUAAGUGUGGUAAUUGCGAUAGUAGUAAAGGGAAUCAACAUGGCACAAAUGAGAAGUGCCAGUAUCUACAGGAAGUAAAGGAAAACAAGCCUUGUGAUACGUGUAAAUGUAUGAAAUGGGUAGUGCCCGAGGCGGGUAAGGAUGAAGCACACUACUUGGGAAGGAGGUGUACAAGGUGUGAGGGUAGUGGGCAGCCGCCGUGUAAGUGUAGUAGUAGUAGUGGUAGUGCCUGUCAGGGUCCUGACAGUUGCAAAUGCGCUCUAGCAGGCAAGUGCUGCAAGUGUUGUUGUACGAGUUGUGGGAAGUGUAGUGAUAAGUGUAGCUGUAUCGAACAGGAGAAGAAUAUCCUUGGUAUUUAUGAACAUAAUGAGAGCUAUGUGUCAGCAUAUAAGGUGAAACUGGUACAUGAAGGGUAUUUUGGUAGAGAAUACCAGGUUUGGCCAAAGUGGUCUGAUAGAAAAACUAGUAAAAAGCGAGCGGUGGCUGCACGUAACUUACUAGGGUCAGUAUGUCUCAUUUGGAGUGGACUUACAUAUAUGUAUUGGACAGGAAAGUACGCCAAAGGUAGCCCACGGUGGAACAAUCACAUUUUGGACGGUAGUGGUCUAGAUGAUGGUACCCUGUCCCAAUGGAUACAGGCCUUAGGGUUUCCUAGGGAUAUGUUGAACAAUAGUGGGCCACAGAAUAGACUUGACAAGGUCAUAUGGAAUGGGAUUAUGGGUAAGUUAUAUUUGGGAUUCCCGAAUACUGGUACUGGUGGCAAUGUUGAUAUCCAUGGCUAUGACGGUGAUGAAAAUACAUUUAGGGAUCCAUCUAGUAUGAACUAUGCAGGAUAUAUACAUACCAUGGACAAGGGUGCAUUUUGCAGCAACGCUACUAUCUUCCAUAAGAAUGACACCACCAGCACAACGGACGAAAACACCAACAAAUGUGGUGCCUUGUACAAGCUCUACAUUCUCUCAUGUGCCUACUUCACUGGGUUACAGAAAAAGACUCCGCCGAAGGGGGGAAAUACAAACCCUAAGACCAUCCGGGAAAUCCUCUACUGGCUAAGUGCAUUGCCCUAUAGCCCGGCAUAUCCAAUGAUACUGGAGCAUUCCAAGGAAGUAUUGAAGAAAGUGGCACCAGACGUUAAAGGCACCAAGACACUUUCGUUCUACCAGACAGGCCGCACAGCACCCAUUACCGUCCAUGAAUACAACCUCUUUGCUCACUUCCAAGCAGUGACUCAGUACUGCCCACUAGUCCUCAUAGGUAUCCAGGGUGGAAUACAUAGUCCUAAGGGCACUGAUAGCACUACAGAACCUGCCAUUCACUCCCUGUAUGCCAACACUGAAUGCUCCUUCACCUACCCAGCAGUCGAUAUCCAAGCAUACAACCAAGUGGUACACUACAUUAGGGCUCUGUUCUACCAGUUGUAUUUCCUUAGGAAGCAAUGUGCAGUUAAAGUGGCUCUAGGAGGCAAAUGGCGUGAAUGUAGGUAUGGUAGUGGAGUGAUUGGGAAGGAUGUGGUUAGCUGGAUGUGCCUGGGGUGUGACCCCAUGGAGCAUGAUAGGAAUUAUAGGGUAAAGGAGUUGAAAAAGACAUUGGAUGGGGUGACGAAUGGAACAGGGGAGAAUGAUACAUUGAUGAAGUCUCUAGCGAGUGUACUUGAGAAAAUUGGGGAAGUAGUGGUACAAUUGGGUAAUGCCCAGGAGAGGUUGGAUAGGGGAAAGUAUGAUCUAGGGGGAGUGAUGGAUGCACUAAAUAAAGUAUUUCCAAAGGUGUAUACGAAUGGGAAUGGAUUCAAAGAUGUACUACAGGGGGUACUAGGGAAAUUGGAAACGGAGAAGAUGAAGGGACUAGAGGAUAGUGGGCUAGAGGGGGUGACUAAACUAAAGGAAGCUGUUACGAAGGCUAAGGGGACACUAACGGCGGCUAAAGAGGCAGUAGAGAAACAGCACGGUACUGAUGUUGAUCCAUGUAAGAACCUAGUGAGUGCUGCUAUAGAUGGGAUACACAAGGUAUUGGAUAUAUUUAAAAAGUGGGCAGAACAAGACGGAAAGGAUAUUAUAGAGCAAGCGAAAAAAACCCUGGAAUAUGUUGGCAUAUUAACGAACGCUGGGAAUGAGAUAGAUCUGCGUAAUGUUAAACUGGAGGCACAUUACUCGGCGCUACUCUCAGCCAUUAACCAGCUCAUCUCCAUCUGCUCCACUUCCAAGUGCCCACCGUGCCAUGAACACGCCAAGAAGUGUGGCAAACAGCCACAGUCCAAGUACUGUGACAAAUGCCACCAACAGUACAUGGACGGCACUCCAUCACCCCUCCAGGCAUUCCUCGAGGAUAGGUUACCAGGUUUUAGUUGUAGUGCAGUGGUGGACCAAGACGAGAACCCAGAGUAUCCCCUGGCUGCAUCCCACCUAGGACACUGUGGUGGCUCAGGUCAAUGCUGCCCCUUGCCAAUGGGAUUUAGAAAUAACUUCCAGAAGGGCAGCACCGGUGAUAUGACUGGUGCACGCCUUUAUGGCAUCCUCUACUUCUUUAGUAAUGAGAACAUGAUGCAGUCGUGUGUCUAUACACUGGUUAGGGUUACUGCGGCACUCAGUGCCACCACACCACAGGUAUUGGGUGAUGUCUUUGGGUUCUUUAGGGGGGGUGUAGGAAAUCCAGUAGAUGGGAAGAACAGGAAGGAACAAGACAAGGCAUGUAAGCACGAAGGGGAUCCAAGUGACACUUCUGAGGAGAACAAGGAGAAGUACUUUUGCGGCUGGUGUGCCUCUGGGUUAAGGGAUGUAGUGAAUGACAUUGAGUGGAUUCCAAGAGAUGACAAGGAUAAAGGAGGGAAGUAUAGAGGAAGUGUAGGAGAAGCACUGAUAGAUAUUAAGGGCGACAAGGGCAGUAGUACCACUACAUAUUCCAGUACACAAGACACUAAUACUUCCCUCUCACGACUCACUAAGAACUGCCAGUACCUCUCCCCCCUAACCGGUGAACUCUAUACAGCAGUGAGCGCCACUUUCGGUGGAACAUACCUCUCAUGGGUACUAUACCUAUCAGAUGCACUUCAUUCAGGACUAGAGUCACUCUCUGAGGCAUUCCGUAAUAUUGAAUGCCGGGGUUGUAAGGGAAACUGUGACCCCAAUAAGUGCACGAAGGGAGAACACGGAAGCAAUGGCGGUGGACAGUGUGGAUGCCAAUCAAUCGUAUCAUGUACCGGGGUACUGCCAGUGUUGUAUAGACAUGGGUUCAGCUACGGUAACCCAUUCAAUCUGGAGGGGUACCAGCAAGGGGAUGGAAAGGUAGAUGGGCAGUAUGAUAUCAAAAAGGAAGACAAGUAUAUUAAGCAGUGCCAUCAAUUCUUAGACAGUCUCAAUCAAGUGAUCAAGACAGAGAGUACCACUCCCCUCCAUGCAUUACUCUCAGCAGUAGGUAAACUCCAAUACGACAUACGGCUCCCGUGGAUCUUUGUGCUGACCGUAGCCUGGCUAGUAGCGGUACUCUACCUCGCCUUUGGAGCCAUAUGGCCACUGGACUGGACACAUAUGAGGUCGCACUGGUUACGGGGUGGAGCACACCAGUGGCAAUGUAUGUGGUAUAAGGUGAUGACGGGGAGGAAGGGAAUGGAACUGGUGGAGUAUUUUGAUCAACGUUUACUAUUGCAUUUAGUGAUGGUUUAGUAGGAUUGUUCG